GGGGGAGGAACGAGAUGCGUUCAUGAACAUCGGACAGCACAUGACACAGCGAUCACGACGCAGUUCAAAGUAGCAGAAAGGCAAUGGAUGCUAAUAAAUGGUAAUUAAAAAAACUCUACUAUAAAGCUGGUUGAGAAACGUCUGCGAUAUUACAAUAUCCGAUACAAAGUAAUUUGAGCACAGGUGUUAUUUUAGUAUAAUAGUAGUCGUGCCUUUUAGCCCUUUAUAUAGUUUUUUUAAUGAAUUAUAGAGUUGUAUGUCGGACAUUAAAAUGUCGUCUAGCUAACAUGUUAUCAGUUAACACGUAAAUCAACGUACUAUGCUAGUACUAGUACUAUGAGUUGAAAGCUCCCGUCCCCUUCCAUGAAGUACCAGCUUUUAGCUUUCACUUUUAUAACUAUUCACAGACAAUUACGUAAUUUCCAACACGAUGGGAAGUUUCACGGAAGUUUCAGUAUAUGCCGACAUUAGUAGCGUCACAAGCUAAUGGAAACUCCUAUGCUACAACAAGCAUAAGAAUGGCUGCGCGAAUGGCUGUCCCAGAUAAGCAAAUGCUUCAGACAAUUCAUGAAAUAUCGGAGGCUCUCGGUAGCGACGAACGCAAGACGGUGUUCUACUUGUGUGGAACCUCGGAGACAAACAAUACAGCGACUUGUUUGAAGGAGACACUCAAGUCCAAAGCCAUGAGCUACGACAAAGGUGGACAGUUUCUGGCAGAGCUCCUGGUGCAUUUGAGAAGAUACGACAUCCUGAGACUGGUGUUUGGUUGCAGCAGGGACGAGGUGGAGAGGACGUUGAGAUCCGGGCAGGUUCUACCGGAAUUCAGAGUACUGAUGACCCAUUUAAGUGAGGACAUGACCAGUGGAGAUGUCAACAACGUGAAGUUCCUGCUGAGCACCAUCUUACCACGUGAGAAGAUGGAACAAGCAAAGAACUUCCUGGAUCUUGCGAUAGAACUGGAGCACCUGGAUAAAAUUUCAUCCGAAAGAGUGGGCUUUCUGGAGGAAUGUUUAGUACACAUUGGCAGGAUUGACCUUGCCAAUAAACUAAAGGUGUACAAGAUAUCAGGAAACACACAAGUAUGUGAACACAACGUACAGCAGUCCUGCCAGAGUCCUUUAACCAAAUACAAAUUUACCAGAGGAGUGUGCAUCAUCAUAGACUGCGUGGGCAACGAUGGAGAGAUGCUGGAGCGCACAUUUACAUCGCUUCACUUCAAUGUGACCUUGCACAAAUGGCUCACUGUUGCCGAGACCGUUUCGGUGCUCCGCGGGUUAUUCCGAGGAACUAAAGACGACGGAGCGGACGGCUUCGUCUGCUGCAUCAUUAGCCGUGGCACCGCUACUCAUCUCCUGGCCACAGAUUCGUACGGUGAAGGUCUCCGGCUUGAAGAUCUCCGACGUCGUUUUGUCGGUGACAUGUGUUCCGUACUGGUCGGCAAGCCCAAAGUCUUCUUCAUCCAGAUGUACAAUGUCUUGGAGUCCCAGCACUGUGCCAGCGUGGAACAUCGGGAUGAGGAUUUGGAAACAGACGGUCGAUUGAGUCCGGAUUCUAUCCCGUCAGAUGCAGAUAUGCUCUGGAGUCACUGUUUGACCGGAGAACAUCAACUGCAGCAAGGACAACACCGCUCCAUUUACCUUAAAGCUUUGACCGAUGCCUUGCACAAAGGCAAAGAGAGGAACCGGCAUGUGGUUGAUCUUCACGUGGAAGUGAAUGCAGCAGUCUUUGAACACAACCGCAGGCAUCCUGGGGACAAGUACCACAUUGAUUUGAAACACACUUUAAGAAAAGAUCUUUACUUAUAGACUUGAACUACUCACUUCAUCGCUGUUGUCCCAGCUGUCUUUGGGCGAGAGGCAGCCAAUCACAGAGCACAUAUAACAAACAAUGGGCGAGAGGCAGCCAAUCACAGGGCACAUAUAACAAACAAUCACUCACAUUCAUACCUAUGGACAAUAUAGAGCCAGUUAACCUAACAUGCGACUGCGCAGUGGUCGAGUGGUUAGCGCGCAGGCCACGCAGCUAGAAGAACCGAGUUUGAGUCCACCCUCGGCCAUCUCUGCGUGGAGUUUCUCCGGGUACUCCGGUUUCCUCUAAAUUCUAAUCUAAAUCUCUAACCGGGUGGCACGGUGGUCAAGUGGUUAGCGCGCCGGCCACACAGCUAGAAGAACCGAGUUUGAGUCCACCCUCGGCCAUCUCUACGUGGAUUUUCUCCGGGUACUCCGGCUUCGACUAAACUCUGAACUAAAUCUCUUACCGGGCGGCACGGCGGAUGAGUGGUUAGUGCGCAGACCUCACAGCUAGGAGACCAGGGUUCAAUUCCACCCUCGGCCAUCUCUGUGUGGAGUUUCUCCAGGUACUCCGGUUUCCUCUAAAUUCUAAACUAAAUCUCUUACCGGGCGGCACGGCGGACAAGUGGUUAGCGCGCCGGCCACACAGCUAGGAGACCAGGGUUCAAUUCCACCCUCGGCCAUCUCUGUGUGGAGUUUCUCCGGGUACUCCAGUUUCCUGUAAACUCUGAACUAAAUCGCUUACCGGGCGGCACGGCGGUCGAGUGGUUAGCCUGCAGACCUCACGGCUAGGAGACCAGGGUUCAAUUCCACCCUCGGCCAUCUCUGUGUGGAGUUUCUCCGGGUACUCCGUUUUUCCUCCCACAUUCAUCCCACAAAUUGUCCAUAGGUGUAUGAAUGUGAGUGUGAAUGGUUGUUUGUCUAUAUGUGCCCUGUGAUUGGCUGGCCACCAGUCCAGGGUGUACCUGGAAAAAAUGAAAAAAAGCGAUAGAAAAUGAAUGAAUAACCUAACAUGCAUGUUUUUAGAACCACCAUGCGGCCCUGGAUGUACCUAAUAUACUUUUUGGAGUAUAUUUAAGUAAAUCUAGUUACAUUUUUAAAAAUGAUGCAGCUUAAAUUUUGAAUUCCACAUUCCACGCAGUAUAAAAGCAGAAACGCACAUUACUUAUAGACUUGAACUACUCACUUCAUCACUGAUAGGCAGCUUUGCAGACAUUCACAUUGUAUUUCCUCAUGCUACAGUAAAAUACAGUCAAAUCAAAUGUAAGAGUAUAUUUAUAACACUUAAAAUAUGUAUCGCUACAGGUCUCCAUACAUGUAUCUUGUUCUGUUUGUUGUAUUCAUUCCCUAUGCCACUUUCUUGCCAUAUAUGCACAGUGCAGCUAACACAUUUUUUCGAGUUUUGUAUAAAACUUGCACUGUUUUUGUUGUUGUGUGUCUAAAGUAAUUGUGUGAUUUGCAUUAUAUAUUUAAUAUGUUUUGUCACUGGUGGUUUGUCUGACUAUUACUCCUAAUAUUAGAACUGGCGUUACAGUGGAAUCGGUGCACACACGGUGUCAAUGAUGAGUAUUUUAUUAUAUUUUCUAUUUUAUUAACUCAAAUGAUUAAAAAAUAUGUUUUGCCUUUUUGAAAAAAUGAUCCCAUUAGAAGGUGAUACAAAAGAAAAUCCGAUUUUUGUGACUUUGUCUGCAAAUUAACAUUGAAUCAUUGAAUCGUAACACAUAAAAAUAAGUUAUCAGUCCCGAUAUGCGCUGUGUUUGACUGUUCAAAAAAAGCAGAAGCUUUUUUAAUUCAGUGUCUGUGAUAUUUUACCAUUCAGUACAUCACAAAUCUAACAUUCCAUUUUUAUUACAGUGUAUGGUUGAAAUUUAAAUUUCAGUUCACUUUGCCUGUUGUGUUUUGAACAUCAACUUAUCACCAAACAGAGAUUGUGAAUUAUUGUAGUUAAACUCAGAGGCAUAUAAAUGGAUGAUUAAUCAAAAACUGGUAUACCUAAGCAUGAAAUGACAUCAUUUCAAAUGUUGGACCCAGCACCACCCAGUGGUGGGCGGGUCAAAUUUACCCACAAAUAUCACAGGAAUUGGAAUAAAACAUUCAUAAUUCAAUCCAGCCAAUCACAGAGCACAUAUAGACAAACAACCAUUCACACUCACAUUCAUUCCACCGUGAAGUUGCCUUUUUCUGAGCAUUCAUUCAUUUUCUACCGCUUAUCCUUACAAGAGUCGCGGGGGUGCUGGAGCCUAUCCCAGCUGUCUUCUGGUGAGAGGCGGGGUACACCCUGGACUGGUGGCCAGCCAAUCACAGGGCACAUAUAGACAAACAACCAUUCACACUCACAUUCAUACCUAUGGACAAUUUGGAGUCGCUAAUUAACCUAGCAUGUUUUUGGAAUGUGGGAGGAAACCGGAGUACCCGGAGAAGACCCACGCAUGCACGGGGAGAACAUGCAAACUCCACACAGAGAUGUCCGAGGGUGGAAUUGAACUCGGAGGCCUGCAUGCUAUCCACUUAUCCACCGUGAAGUUGCCUUUUUCAAUCAUUUUCUAUUGCUUAUCCUCAUGAGAGUGGCGGGGGUGUCGGAGCCUAUCCCAGCUGUCUUGGGGCGAGAGACGGGGUACAGCCAAUCACAGGGCACAUAUAGACAAACAACCAUUCACACUCACAUUCAUACCUAUGGACAAUUUGAAGUCGCUAAUUAACCUAGCAUGUUUUUGGAAUCUGAGAGGAAAUCGGAGUCCCAUGCACGGGGAGAACAUGCAAACUCCACACAGAGAUAUCCGAGGGCGGAAUUGAACUCGGAGGCCUGUAUGCUAUCCACUCAACCACCGUGAAGUUGCCUUUUUCCCGAGCAGAAGGGAUCAUUUUAAUCAGAUGUUUUUAUUUUCCCAAUGUUGUUUGAAGUAUGAAAUAUACACCACCUUUCUACUUAAACUGUAUUAUGGAACGCAGGAAGUGAACAAAUGUAACAGUUGGAGGGGUAGGAUUUAAUAAGCUUUGCUUCUUCCUACUCCUUUUGGACAUGUGGAACUGUGAACUGAUUAUGUGAUGCAUUCAAUUGUAAUCCGAUGCAUGUUCAAAUGAAAUCAAACCAUUACCAUAAAGAUACAGAACGUUAUUUUCAAGAGUGAAACAGAUGGAGUAUAAUUUGUCAUUUUGAUUGACAGCAAGUCCUCACGCUCGGCCAUGUUGCUGGUUCUGCUGCACACCUGCGUGCAAUAAGCAAGAGUAGCGACUGAUUGACGCAGGUGGCAGCCCUUAAAUAGAGCCAGUGUAGUCACUAGUCAGCAGUACCAGGACCCAAGAACAAGUGUGCGUUGGAUAAGUGGUGUCAUUUACCGAUGGCUUGUGGCGUUUGUGUGCGGGUUCUUGUUCUGUGUCUGUUAGCCUUCGGACACUAUGUGAUGGCUCAGCUUUCACCGCUCCACAACCAGGAGUCCUGGUACGCACCGCCACUGGAAUACAGUCAAAGUGAUUAUGGAAUGCAGGAUUUUAUGCCGCCCCAGGAAGAUGGGAGUCGGGAAUUAGGCGAGGAGUUUGGUGUGUUUCCACUUGACUGCCCCAUCCCCGAUUGCGCUCCACCUCCACAAUGUCCUCCCACUCUUUGUUGCAAGUGCUCUUGGCGUCGGUGUCGCCGCCGCCGCUACCGACCUCACCAGUAGGAUCUUGUUUUUUGCAUUCCUCGCGGUGUUGAGCAGGUUCUUGUCCAUUGGUUACUUUGGAAGUGAAAUAAAUUUGGAAAUUGA